AUGACGUCUCCUACAGAAACGACCGCCUUGCUCGCUGACGAUCGCGACCGCGAGCAGAGCAGCACUCCGUGUGAGGCUGCAGCUGCAGCUGCAGCUGCAACAGCGCGCCGACACCGUCAUCUCGUGCUGAGCAUUGUUCUAGUGUCUGUUGUCGCGGCAGACUUUGGAAACGCGCUCUCGCUCGCGCCGCAGCUAAAACUCUACGAGUCGCUCAUCUGUGGUCGGCUUUUUGGUCGCGUAGCUGCCGACGACGACGACCCAAUUUGUAAAUCGCCGCAGGUUCAAUCCGAACUUGCCAUCCUGUUCGGCUGGAAAGGAACCUUUGACCAGAUUCCUGGCAUUGCGCUGGUUCUCUUCUACGGAUGGGUAGCGGACCGUAUCGGGCGCAAGCCCGUAUUACUACUCUCGUUGGGUGGCCUUUUCCUGGAGGAUGCCUCUAUCCGUCUGCUCACUUGGUGGAGCUUCACGGCGUCGUCAUCGCUUAAACUGAUUUGGCUUACGCCAAUCUUCCAAGUGAUGGGGGGCGGGCCGGGAACUGCCACAUCAAUGGCAUAUUCCAUCAUCACUGACACAUUUUCAGCAGCCGAACGCGCAUCUGUAUACUUUUAUCUCAGCGCCGCAAUCAUCAUCGGAGAAAUUUUGGCGACUCCGCUGAGCGCGUCGCUCAUGACCUGGACACCGUGGCUGCCUUUCCUGGCGGGAGUUGGAUGCCAGGCCGUUGGACUUUUGGCAGCACUUUUCCUUCCAGAAACAAAACAUGCGGCCACUGCAGCUUCUGUUCCCCUGGCUGCCGGAAGUAUGGCCAGUGGUACACCUGCGAAACGUCACAGCCUCUGGCAAGAGUGCUCAGACUUGGCCAGCGCCAUAAAUUCCCACUGGAAAGCCGCGAGAAGCAGCAAAGGCGGUUUUAAUACAACGUUAAUAUUUGCGUCCUUUCUCAUGGCGAGUAUUGGGUCGUCGGCUCUAUUGCUCAUGACACAAUAUGCCUCUAGGCGGUUUUCUUGGUCCAUUCCGAAAGCCAGCCUAUUGCUGUCAUUGAAAGGGACUAUCAAUAUUAUUUGCCUCCUUGCGUUCUUGCCCUACAUCUCUCGAGUCCUGAGCCAAACCAUGCCAGCAGCCGCCAAAGAGCUACGAAUCGUGAAAUGCAGUGUCUUAUGCUGGACGGUGGGUCUGGCUCUCAUGGCUUUCGCGGCGCAAGCCGCCCCUUUCAUUAUCGGCAUCACGAUACUAUCUCUAGGUUCCGGAUACCUAGCAAGCUUGAGAAGUCUCGCCAAUGCCCUGGGAUCUCAAGCACAAGUUGGACUCCUCAAUGGCCAGAUUGGUCUCGCGACGGGUGUCGGAUCACUAGUCGCUGGACCGUCUAUGGCUGCUGCUUUUCAGCGUGGCAUGGAUUUGGAUGGCCUGUGGUCCGGCCUUCCUUACAUUAUCGCAGCAGUACUCUUCUUGGCUGCGACAUCUCUAGCUUGGUGCAUAGAUGUGACCAGCGACUCCCAUCAGUGUGCGGCAUUAGCGACUGAAGAAGAAUGA